AGAAACUAGCGCUAUAACACACACACACACACACACACAGACUGUGUCUCACACACACACACACACACUCUGUGAGAGGACCCUCACUCUCUCUCUCCUCGGAUUAAAGCGACGAGUCAACUGUUACUUUAAUCUCGGGUUUAAUCUCCUAAGUAACUGCAGUGUUUAAUAAGGGUGUUAAUGUGGUAUUAGUUUUGGCUCCGCCCCUGUCCUUCAUCAUGGCUCCCAAUCCUGAGCUCUCGUACCUGGACCGCGUCGUCCUGGAGAUCAUAGAGACCGAGCGGAUGUACGUCCGAGAUCUGCACAGCAUUGUGGAGGGCUAUCUCACCCACAUUAUAGAUGCUGCAGGUUUGCCGAUUGUCCCUGAGCAGGUGUGUGCUCUGUUCGGGAACAUCGAGGACAUCUACGAGUUCAACAGUGAGCUCCUGCAGGACUUGGAUUUGUGUAAAAAUCACCCUGUGUCCAUCGCCAGGUGUUUCGUCCUGAAGAGUGAUUACUUCGACAUCUACACACAGUACUGCACCAACUACCCAAACUCGGUUGCUGCGCUAACAGAAUGCAUGAGAAAUAAAACACUGCUAAAGUUUUUCAUGGAGAGACAGGAAGCUCUGCAGCACCCACUUCCUCUCGGCUCAUAUCUCCUCAAACCUGUGCAGAGAAUACUGAAGUAUCAUCUCCUGUUACAGGAGAUCGCGAAGCAUUUUGAUCCUGAUGAAGAAGGUUAUGACGUGGUUGAAGAAGCCAUUAACACCAUGACUGAAGUCGCCUGGUACAUAAACACCAUGAAGAGAAAACAUGAACAUGCUGUCCGACUUCAGGAGGUCCAGUCAUUGCUGAUUAACUGGCGCGGUCCUGACUUAACCACGUACGGCGAACUCGUUCUGGAGGGAACCUUUCGCUUUCAUCACACGAAAAACAACAGAACGCUCUUCCUGUUCGAGCGAGUCCUGCUCAUCACCAAACGACGUGGAGAAAACUUUGUCUACAAAACACACAUUUCUUGUUCGACGCUGAUGCUGAUGGAGGGAGUGAAGGACUCGCCGUGUUUCAGCGUCACACACUACAAGCACCCUAAACAUCCUCACACAGUGCAGGCCAGAACCUUAGAGGAGAAGAAACUCUGGACUCACCACAUCAAGAGACUCAUAUUAGAGAAUCAUCACACCACCAUUCCACAGAAGGCUAAAGAGGUGAUUUUAGAGAUGGAUCCCAUGUAUGAGAAGUACAGGUUUAACUCUGACAGGAAAAAGAAAACGCAGUCUGAUGACUUUACACACGCUCGUCAGUCAGAAUUAAACAAACAAAUGCUAAGGAACAACAACGCCGUGCUUAAGCACUCGGUUAGUGAAGGAGAACUGCGGGAGAACCUUAUGGCUCUGAGCUCCACCUCAAGCAUGCUGCAGGGCGUGAGCGUGGAGGACAGACGUCUGCGUGGCACUGACGGCGAGGACGCUACACACUGUGAGCUUCAGGAUGAGGAGGAAAAUGAAAGCGAAUCAGAUGAUAUGAUUACAGAGGAUUUUAGCAGCUCCAUGAUUUCCUGCUGGAGCUUCAGGGCUAAAACUCUGCUGCAGCUCAACAUGGAUGAAGAGUGUCAAAGACCGGGAGAUGCAGAUCUGUCCCAACAGGAGGAGAGACGGGUGUGUGAGGAUCCAAACACAAAUAAGGCUUCACCAAAAAUCUUGCAGUUCCUAAAGAGCAGUGCAGUGCGUGGAUCUGAAACAGGAUUACAAUCCACAACUGACGUUGGAGGAGCCGAUGGGGACCGUGUAAGCGCCGUGGAGGGUUCGGACCAGUACAGUGUUAAAGAAGAACUGAUGCUAAAUCAGGAAGGACAGUCUUCAGAAGAGGAAGUGGAGGAGGAAUCUACAGAACCUGAGAAUCACUCCAUCCUUCCAUCGUCUGUUCUUGACAAAGCAGGUCUAAUUGCUGAACAUUUUAUUGCCAGCACUCGCCGCAGUACCUUAGCACCAGACGAACUUCGGUCUCCUCAGCACACAUACCAGGAAGGAACAUCGAGCAAAAACACAACCGCGAACUUUACCCUCAUGUCCCCAAAAGAGGACACAGUGUCUGGACCAGAUCGACAUUUCUGUAAAAGGAGAGACUCGAUACUGUCCAAACAGGAACAGCUGUUAAUCGAUAAGGUCAGGAGCUACUACGAGAGUGCUGAGCAGCAGGACGCAGGUUUCAGCCUGAAGCGCAGGGAGAGUCUGGCGUACAUCCCGAGUGGACUAGUGCGCUCUUCUGUCAGCCACUUCAACAAAUUCCCUCGCACCGACCACUGGAUUAAAGCUCCAAACAUGGACACACCACUAAUGACAUCAUCACUCGCGAGUUCUGACAUCAACACCAAACCUGAUGAAGUCACAUGGCACGGUACAGACGGCGACGUCUCGGUGAGCCACAAACCAGAAGAAAUCUCAGACGGAUGUUUCCGUUCAUCAGCAGAAAUGAUUAAGGUUUGGGAGGAAAUGGAGAAAGAGGUCACAAGGUCACAGAGAGAUAAUAAGUUUAGAGACGCUUCACGUUUCAGAGGAACAACUUCAGUUUCUCAGAGGUUCAGCAGGAAGACGGAACAUCAGGAACGAGAACCGACGGCCGCUGACGAUCUCGGCACCAUCACAGAGGAAUCUCCAGCCAAGAGUAAAGAAGAAACCGAGUCAGGGGAAAAUGCAGUCUUCAGUCUGACAAAGAAGUUUAACCAGCACAAAGAGAGUGAAGUAACUUUUACUGCGUCGAGGAGGCGGGGCUCGGACACGACAACAACCGCGGCUAAUAAUAUAAACCUACCGCUUUCAACAGGCGAGGAGACCAAGAGAACCCGCGCAGGAAAACCAAACCUGGUGCUCUCAUUAACGGCGUGUGUUCAGACCACACAGGAUGCGACACACACUCCUUCCUCUAACAGUGGGACAGUUUUAUCUCCAGAGCGCUCACACUUGAAAAGUCCUUUACAUUCUGAGGGCUUCCCCUGGCCAGAUGUGAGCAAACUGCGUUCCAGGUACCACGCACUGGACGGUGCUUCUCAGACACAGCCGACUCCUGCUGCACACACACUCUCUCCAGAGCUCGACGCGGACAACAGGGCGUCUCGGGUUCGGCGUGCCGGGUCUUUGGAUCAAAAACUGCCUGUCUUUGCCUGGACCGAUUUACAGAGCAAGAAGGUGACAAGUGACUACAGCGUCUCAGCCCAGGCCGCGCUACCCAACAACAGGACCGUUAUUGUGUUGGAAAAAGUCACCACACACACCAGCCGGUCCCCGAGUCACGGUCAGGUUCAGUCCUCCACGUCUCUGGAGAAGACGUCCCCGGUGUCUGUGACCGAGCGCUGCCGGCUGUACGAGGAUCUGGACGAGGCAGUGUUAAGAGCGGGGCCUGACACCAAAAACAAAGACAGUAACACUGAUAAAUACAGCAAUGGCACACAGCCCAGUGUCGUUAAAAACCUCCGUGAGAAAUUCCUCAGUUUGAGCUAGAAGAGGGGAGAUGAUGGGAGAUGUUUAUGUCACGAUACAGAGUUACAGGAAGCCAAUAUAAUGUGUAUGAGUCAGUGUUUAAGCCACCUGGUGCAGAGUCUACACAUCUGGAACUGUAUGGCAAAUUAUUAUUUCAUCUAAAACAGAAGUCUAUAACAGGGCUGUCCAGUCUUCUCCAGAAAGGGUGUGUGUGUGUUUGCGCAGGUUUUUUAUUUAAACCAAGCAGAAGUCACACUUGAUAUUCUACUGAAAGCCAAGAAUGAUUAAUGCGAAUGCGCAAAUUAAACACAUGCGCGCGCGCGCUCACACACACACACACACACACACACACACACACACACACAGGACCUUCCUGGAUUGGACAGCCCUGCAGUCACACCAGACUUCUGUGGAUAGGAUCGAAUUAGAGACCGCUUCCCCUGGAGUGCUGUAAAUCUCGUGAUUUUACAUCAUUUCAUUCUUAUUAAACCAUCAACUAAGGCUUUGUGCCCUGAGGACAGAGCAUGCUUCAUCAUAAGAGCAGGGAGGAGGAGGAGCUACAAGAGGGACAAGUUCACUGUAAUGUAGUUAAUGAAAAAAUAAGAUGGAUUAAUUUCACCAGUGAUUAACUUCUAAUUAACAUAAUGUACUUACUGUAAGAUCAGAAUGUAGUUCAUGAUAGUUUUAUAUUAUACAGUACAUCAGUAAUUAAUGUCUGUGUUUUGUUUAAGUUUUUU